CAAAACACUUGCCUAGUCGGUAAUGUUAUUAGUCAUACGGCAAGCAAAUGAUAUAGGACGUAUUUUGAACGCGAAGUGAACAAAAGAAUGGACAAAAUGGGAGUGUAACGCAUUAAUAACCAGCAGAACUGACUAACUGUAUUGUGUGGUGAGAAAUACAUAGACUGAGCUACACUACAUAUAUCUUUGUGACAUUCCCAUGGGAUAUAAUAACUGUCAGACGCUGUAUGAUCUUUGUGGCAGAAACCAUCGACAUCACGAUUAUAUUUCAGUCUCCGCGCAACACGCCCAUCGUCACACCUGUCUUGAGCAAGGUGACAUUGCCUGCAACAGGAUUAUAGACGAAGACCACAUAUGAUUCUCUCAGCAGCUGUGUAGGCAGCAUGGCCCCGAGGACAGGGUCAGCUAUCGUCUACUUUACAAUUACUGUCAUCGUCAUUUGCGCCGCCUUUCUCCUAAUUGAGUUUCAAACGAAACCAGUAUCCAAACUCGCAAGCAUUCCACCGUUUUUAAAAUGCACCCAUUUUGGAAGUAGGUCAUCUGCAUUUCUUAAGAAUCAGCGGCUCGAGGACACCGGUACAGCGCAGGACAGCCUUUUAAAACAGUUGAAGGAGGAUUGGGUUUUCGAGCCCUCAAAAAAACCUUAUAAUCUUUCCAGGCCAAAUAGGCAAUCGUGGUCACAAAUCGGACAAGCGAAACUCGUGGACGGGAUACUCAAACAGCGCCGUAAUGGAUUCUUUGUCGAGUCAGGGGCUGCUGAUGGAGAGGGGAAUUCUAAUUCUCUCUUUUUCGAGAUUUCAAGAGGCUGGGAGGGCCUGCUCGUAGAACCAAACCCGUGGUCCUUUAAAGAUCUGUUGAAGAAAAACAGGAAGGCGUAUGCUGUAAACUCGUGCCUAGCGACUAGCCGCUUUCCGGCAGUGGUCCCCUUCACCUUCGCAAAAGAACUUGGAGGAAUCUCAGGGAAAAGUUACAAGCUGUUGGCAGCAGAGCAGCAUGACUUCCAGGGGAUGAGCUGCGUCCAUUGCUUCCCCAUUCUUUCCCUCCUUGCCGCCGUUGGCCGGAAUCACGUGGACUAUUUUUCUCUCGACGUGGAGGGAGCGGAAAUAGAAAUCCUCAGAUCGUUUCCAUGGAACCAGGUCACCGUGGACGUUUGGACGAUAGAGUACGCGGUGCACGGGGGAAGUCCUGAUACACCAAGACGGGAAAAGGCGAUCAGGAAGAUAUUUGAAGAGACAGGGUUGUAUAAAGACGGGACAAUUCUAGGAGGACAAGAUAUAGUGUUUGUGAGGAAAAAUAUAUAACAUGAACUCCUCCAUCUCUGCCCACUAUUAGGCCAUGCAGUCUCCUUUAUGGAUCUUUUUAUGGUUACGCGCGUUCGGCACCGGCCUGUCUUGGUAUAUUGC